GGUUAAACCCAUACUUUACUUCUCAGUAUAGAAUUGCACCAUGUGUCUUUACAUCUUUGUUCUCCACCUUGGUAUCUCUGUGGCCGUUGGGAUGGAGAGUGGUAUUACAGGAGGAAAAGUGGCUAAACCUUAUUCUAGGCCAUACAUGGCAUCCCUCCAGCAUAACAGACAUCACACAUGUGGAGGGAUGCUGAUUAGACGUGAUUAUGUACUGACAUCAGCACACUGUUUAAACCGCAGCACUUUCUCUAGUCGAAACCACUUAGUAGUUGUUCUGGGAGCACACAAUAUUAGCAAACAGGAGAACAGCCAGCAGAUAAUCCAAGUGGCAAAAUAUAUUCAGCAUCCUAUGUAUGACCAGAAUAACAAGAAAGACUUAAGCCAUGACAUCAUGUUACUAAAGCUGAAGACCAAAGCCAAGUUAAAUAAAUUUGUGAAAGUUAUGCCUCUUCCUAAGAAAAAUGGGAAAAUACCAGCCAAUGUGAAAUGCUCCAUUGCUGGCUGGGGUUUAAAAAACCCAAAAGAUGAUCGUGCAUCAAGUGUGCUGCAGGAAGUCACUCUCAAACUGCAGUUUAGCUUUGAAUGUAAAAACAAGUGGAAGGACUAUUUCAACUCUGAAAGAAUGAUCUGUAGUGUCUCUGAUGGGAAGCAUGCUUUUUGUCAGGGUGAUUCAGGAAGUCCUCUUAUCUGCAAUACUACACCUCUAGCAAUUGCUGCAUAUACAUUUGCUAAUGACUGUACAAGUAGAAAGUAUCCUGAACUCUACAUAAAAAUCUCCUACUUCCUUCCUUGGAUUAAAAAGAAGAUUGGAAAAAAAUUCAAUAUAUGA